UGAAACCUAUCUGUCACAUUUCUUGAUCGUUUAAUAACUGAAUAUACUACAAAACACAAAAGUUUCCGUUUGUGUUUUUCUCAGAUUUAAAACAUAAGAAAAGGUAUAGAUUAAGCAAGUGAUUAUGAGUCACAAAGUCUCCAAGAAGUUAGACGAAGAGCAAAUCAAUGAGCUCCGGGAGAUUUUCCGUUCAUUCGACCGGAACAAAGACGGAAGCUUAACACAGCUCGAACUCGGAUCACUUCUCCGAGCACUUGGGCUUAAACCGAGUCCAGACCAAUUUGAGACACUGAUCGACAAAGCUGACACUAAAAGUAACGGACUCGUGGAGUUCCCAGAGUUCGUGUCUUUGGUCUCGCCGGAGCUUCUUUCAGAAGAGAAAACGAGGACUCCUUACACGGAGGAGCAGCUUCUCCGGUUGUUCAGGAUAUUCGAUACUGACGGUAAUGGGUUUAUCACUGCGAAGGAAUUGGCUCAUUCCAUGGCUAGGCUUGGCCAUGCCUUGACGGUGGCGGAAUUAACAGGGAUGAUUAAGGAGGCUGAUAGCGACGGAGACGGCCGGAUUAAUUUUCAGGAGUUCUCUAAGGCCAUUAAUUCUGCCGCAUUUGAUGAUUUGUGGGGUUGAAAUUUCUUCACCGUGUCUCUUCCCUCAUUUGUCAUUUACUAUUUUUAGUUUCUAUGAACACUAAUCUACAAAAAAAAAUUAUGUACUUCGCAUCAAAAUAAUACUUAAGUCGAAAGUCCGGUUCGAUCUGGGAAUUUUUUGGAAACGGUAUGCUUACUUACAUGCGCACCAGUAUAAAGUGGAGACUGUGUCUGUGUCUUAGCCUUAGGCACAUCUAUCAUUAACAUGCACGCCAAU